CCUGAAACAUGUGAAAUCGAUUUCUUCUUCUUUUUAUUAUUAUUACUAAGCCUGUUUCUGUUCGCUGAGGACAGUGUGUAGAGCAGAUCAUGCAUUCACUGUAGUCUCAGGCUGUCUUAUUGCAUGCAGACACGAUGGGGAAAGUCGCCGUGAUGCAUUCAUGUUUCCCCACUCAGGGCUGAUUUUCAACUCUUGAAUCGCGGUGGCUUGGCAUAUAGGAGAGACUUACAACAGGCUUUCUCCGCACAUGUGCUCAAUUUUUUUCUCUCCUUCCCCCCCCCACCCCUCGACAUGCAUGGACGCACUAUUGCUCUAGUGUGCAGAAAUACAGGCCUUGUAGAGAGCUGAAACGUGGGAUCCGCAUAGUAGUCGUUACACUGUAUCCAAAGGUAGAAAUGUGGGGUGUAUUAGACUGAUGUCACAUAUAGAAAUUAAUAUUACUGGAUACAUGAUGGAGCCAGUGAACAAACUAACAAAAUUUAAGCUGUUUGAUCUUAGACUUGAGCUCUUUCAUUAAUAUAAAAACUUGCGAUUUUAUUUAAGCUCUAAAUUAUAAAAGAGAAAAAAGCGGGUCCAAUACAAAUGAGAUUUAAAAUUAAUGAGUGGUGGCUUUAUUGUUUUUCUGUCUUUCUAAUUUAAUCGUAAGAUGGUCUGUAAGGUUUAAGAUGCAACGUAACUGCAAAAAGACCAAUGCUAUAUAGGUUAAGUGCAGCCGGCUGUUGUGCUACUUAGAGUUGCCGGAUGAAGUUCUGCUAUCACAUGCAUAUUCCUAUGCUAUUUUUGAAUUUCCAUGCAGCGCUUAUUUGUGAAGAAUACAGGAGCUUAGCUACUCGUCCCAUUUUUUUUUUAGAAAAAACAAACACAAAAACCCAAAGCGAUCCUAACCUUUGUCAGCAUUCCUGUCUUUUGCCCUUUUUUGUCUUUAAAUAUAGGCCACCUAUAUAUUAAUUCCAUGCCCAUAUGUUUGCUCUGCAUGGAUAACAAUGGAGAUGCUGAAAACCUAAAAUAUAUAUAAAAUGUUUAUGUUCACGUCAUGCUGGAAAAGGCUAUCUGUUAAAAUUAGCUGAUUACCCUACAAAGAACCCUAGUGGCACAAUGUUGUUUUUGUUUAUUUGGUUUUAUUUUAUUUUGGAGCUGUCGCUAUUUCUUAGUUGUAAUUCUCCUCUGUGCUGAGCGCUGUUUAAAGCAGCAGCCUACACCUGCAGCAAAUCAAUUAAUCGUCUAUUUCCGGUAUAGAGAGGGUGGGUCUGCGCUGAUUGGCCAAAAGUCUGAUUAGUUUAUUUAGGGUGGCUGGGUUCCCGCCACCGCUCCUUAUUCUGCUGCGCAAAGACUGUGACCAGGUUUGAUGUCUGCAGGUUGUACCGCAAUAAAUUCCCGCGACGCCGAUUCAACACAUCAAGACGGCAACUCCAAACUAACAUGGCAGUCAGACUGUGCGAUGUGGCUUCUCUGCUUAGAAGUGGUUCGUGGGCGCCUGAGCCUUGGACUGGGCAGGUAAUUGCUGCCAUGGAAACACAGCUAUCCAAUGGGCCCACUUGCAACAACACAAGCAACGGUCCUUCAACUAUCACAAACAACUGCUCCUCACCUGUAGAGUCAGGGAGCGUAGAGGACAGUAAAACUAACUUGAUAGUCAACUAUCUGCCUCAGAACAUGACCCAGGAGGAACUGAAGAGUUUGUUUGGGAGCAUCGGAGAAAUUGAGUCCUGUAAACUAGUUCGAGACAAAAUCACAGGGCAGAGCCUAGGCUAUGGAUUUGUGAAUUAUGUGGACCCAAAGGAUGCAGAAAAGGCCAUCAAUACCUUAAAUGGCUUGAGACUUCAGACCAAAACCAUCAAGGUUUCCUAUGCGCGUCCAAGCUCCGCCUCCAUCAGAGAUGCAAAUUUAUACGUCAGUGGCCUGCCAAAAACUAUGACUCAGAAGGAACUGGAGCAGCUCUUCUCUCAGUACGGACGCAUUAUUACCUCACGCAUUCUGGUGGACCAGGUGACUGGUGUUUCCAGAGGAGUUGGCUUCAUUCGUUUUGACCGGCGAGUUGAGGCUGAGGAGGCCAUCAAGGGUCUGAACUGUCAGAAGCCGCCUGGUGCCACCGAACCCAUUACAGUCAAGUUUGCAAACAACCCGAGCCAAAAGACCAGCCAGGCGCUGCUGUCCCAGCUCUAUCAGUCACCCAAUCGAAGGUACCCAGGACCCCUCGCACAGCAGGCACAACGCUUCAGGUUGGACAAUCUGCUGAACAUGGCCUACGGAGUCAAAAGCAGGUUCUCCCCGAUGGCCAUUGACGGGGUGACCAGCUUGGCUGGCAUCAACAUCCCGGGGCACGCGGGCACUGGCUGGUGCAUCUUCGUCUACAACCUGGCUCCGGACGCAGAUGAAAGCAUCCUUUGGCAGAUGUUCGGGCCGUUUGGUGCUGUCACAAACGUCAAGGUUAUCCGCGACUUUAACACAAACAAGUGCAAAGGAUUUGGUUUUGUCACCAUGACUAAUUACGACGAGGCAGCUGUGGCCAUCGCCAGCUUGAAUGGAUACCGCCUUGGGGACAGAGUUCUGCAAGUGUCAUUCAAAACCAACAAAACACACAAAGCCUGAAACUGAGAUUGUUUCUAGAAAACUCACCAGAAAAUGGAAACAGAAAAUGGAAGCGUAUUGACCGUAACUUUCUACAUUAGUAACAAGAGCUUUGUAAAUCAGUGUUGCGAAGAAAAACGAUAUUUAGCGUCCAACAAUGUGAUCUCUUUUUUUUUUCCUUCUCUUUUUUCCCAUUGCUACACUUUGAAUCUUCUCUAUACUUUCAAACAGAAAAAUACCUGCAGGUCUUGAUGCCUGUCAUGUUGACUUCUCUUGCUGUCUUUACAGAUGGACCAUCUAAAAUGUUACUCUAGGUUUUGUCAUUUUGUUGCACAUCUGCUUUGAAACAGUAAGUCUUGUAAGGUUAUGUGUAGUGAUUUUUCUUUGUACUUCUGUGUCCUGAUUUGCCACACGUGCGUUUAUGCCUUCGGUGGUUAGCAAGUACUUGCGUUGAACUAUUUGCGGUUCUGUUAAUUUUGUAAGUAUUCUGUUUCCUGUAAUAUCAGUUGGUUAUUGGUUGGCUGCAUAAUGUUGCUUAUUGUACAAUUAACAGAUAAAAAGACAAAAAAAAGAUUCUUAAAGCAGUACCUUGCCAAAGAGCUAAGAACCUCUUUGAUGUGGGUUUAAAAGCAUCUAUUUUUAUAAAAAGAAAAAUUUGGAGAAACUUUUUACUGGACCUGGAACAAAAUAUUUUGACUUGGAUACUUUGAGAAAUAUCUUCAUAUGACACCUUGUGAGCUUUUGAACUUUACAAGAAAGUUUGCAGUGGUUGAAAUUUCUGGAGAGAUUUAUGAUGUAAAAGAUACCUUUUGAGAUCUUUGUAUUACCUUUAGAUUAUAGAAUCAGUGGCAGUGCUGGUUUCAUUUGUAAAAUCAUCUGUGGGUCCCCCCCCCCUCCCCUCGGUCGUCUGGUCGUUACGGCUAGCGACUCGCUUUCCGGUCUGAUUUGGAAACGGACAAAACUUCAAAGGUUGAUCUGCAAAAAGUGCAUGAAAAAUUAAAAACAUGGAGAUAUCAUAAAGGUAAAUGGGGGAUUUAAAAAAAGGGAAAAAAGAAAAAUCAGUUCUUCCUCUAAGAUUCCCUUCAGAUGGAGCUCAUGGUGUUUUGUGGUGUAUCUACAAUAUCAUUAGACUAAUUUUUGUCUUAAUAUCAACCAAUGAGGGUUUUUACAUACUUUGUAUGAAAGAUUGAAGACAAGCCAGUGAAGGCAGCAGCAUCAAAAAACAACUAGCGUGACAAAUAGAAGGGUUCCUCCUGAGCUUUGAGCUGUGUAAAUAAGUCCUUUUUUAUGUUGAGUACUUGGCAGACUUUGGUUUUUGUUUGGACUUCAUUGAAAAGUGUGAUUAUUAUAUACAACUUUCUUUUCAGGACUGUGUAAGGUCUUUUUUUUGUUUUUGGAUCUUUAUUUUCAGUUUCUCUUCAGUUGAAAUACUUGAGUUGUCGUCCUAUGGACUAGCAUUAGUGCAUCAGAUUUGUUGGUUGUUAGGUCUGUAGAUAGUCUUGCUUCGUUAAAAAAAAAAGGUAUUAAGAAACUAUAGACAUUUGUUUUGGUUUUUUUUAUAUAUAAACAUUAUAGAUAUAUAUUUAUGUGGUAAAGAAUGGAUAUAAACCACAGUUUUGAACUAUUUGAUUACUUUUUUCAUACUCAUAUCUCUAUAUAUAAAUAUAUACGUAAUGCAUAUAACCUGUCUUUAAAAUCGUAAAAAGGUGUAUAUUGCUUUAUUCACUUUGGGGAAGGGCGGUGAAGCAGUUCCAUUAACAAUAGCAAAGUUGGUUGCAGAAGUUUGUCAACAUCUAGCUCAUCUCAAACACAUGAAUGGAGGCUGGUUGAGCCUUAGAUGCACUGAAUACUGCACCUGCAUCCUGCUUGGUAUUUCAACCGAUUAUUAGUCAUGCUUCCCCUUAAACGAGCAGUGUGCUAUGCAUUAUAUAAUUAUCUUUGCAACUGCUUUUUCUUGUUUAUCUAUUCCUUCUUUGUGUUACUUGUACAAGUUAAACUUUAAGUCUAGAUGAGUUGUGAUACUUGCUGCUGUAGGGAAGAGACAACAUUUGUCAUGCCUGACCUGCCACUGCUGAGAAUAAGUUUUGUUUUUCCUUUAUGUAACCGCUUGAUGUUGGGGUUUUUUUUUUUUUUUUUUUUUCCCCCCCUCUAUUUAUUUUAUUUUUUUUCCUUUUAUUUUUUAUUUAUUUAUUUUUUGGUCUUGGGAAAUUGUGCUGCAGGUCUGGCAUGAGGAAAUGUUUCCUCCCAUCCCUCUUUUCUCAAUUCUUAAUAUGAGAGUGAUUAUUUAUUUGAAGUUGUAUAGUCUGACUUGGUUCACAGCAUUUUUGGAAUAGAAUCUUUUUGUUAAGUAUUUAAAAGGAUGUACAUGUUCUUUACUUUGUGUUUGGAUACUUUUGGAUUUAUUUUUUUUUCCAUGUUCAGUACAUCAAUAAAUAAGUUGAAGGGCAAUGAA